UCUGGUGCUCCGGGUUGCUGCGACACUCACUGAGGUUUGGACUUCAGCAGUGGUACAACUCUUUGAGACAGGAUACAACACCCACAGCAGGGGGCCAGGCUCAGCUCCCAGAGCCACCACUGUGGGGUGAGUCACAGACACAGAAAACACUGUCCAUUACUUCUUUUACACUGCGACAAACCUGCACCCAUAGUAAUGGUACAAACUUUCAAACCCCCCAGGGCCCUCCCAGUCCAUGAACCACUGUACAUCUGCCUUACCGGCAACAGCUAUUCCUCCACCAGUGUUUUUAACUUUGCCAUGCUGAGUUGGGUUGUUUGUCCUUUCAGAUGUCGGUGACGUUUGAGGAUGUGGCCAUGUAUUUCUCCCCAGCGGAGUGGGCGCUGCUGGGCGAGGAGCAAAGGCAACUUUACAGACACGUCAUGUGGGAAAAUUACCAGACUCUGGUCUCAUUAGGAAUCCAAAUCUCCAAGCCAGUGGUGAUCUCCAGCAUAGAGCGAGGGGAAGAGCUGUGGGCCCAGAGUCCCACAGAAGAUGAAGAUGAGGACAUCCUGAGUGGUACCAGCCCAGGGUUUCCAGAUGCAGAAGAGACCUGGGACUGGCCAGCAAUUGAAAGCUCCUUGGGCUUCUUCCUCACACAAAGCUCUUCCCCUGGAGCAGCAGGGGCGAGGAACCUAAUCAGGGCUGAGGGGCAUACUCCUGAGGAAGAGCGUGGCAACCUGGAGCCACUCAGGCCUUUCCCAGGGACAUCAGGAAAGAACCAUUCCAAGAAAUCUGAACGGGGAAGACACCACAAGAGGCAGUGCACGCCACAAAGGCAGAGGAAAAAUCUGACCAGGAAGGAGCCAGCAACCCCAAGAAGUCAUCAGAGGAGAUCCAGGUCACAUCUAAAGCCUCCUGCAGAGGGAAAAGCUGAGCCCAGAAAGACCCUAUAUACCUGCCAUGUGUGCAGAGAAGAAUUCAAGGUGCAGAGAGAACUGAUAAGCCACCACUGGAUGGUUCAUAGGAGACAGGAACUGUAUCACUGUAGCGAGUGUGGGGAGAGCUUUAGGAGAAAGAAGGAGUUCAGAGCACAUGGGAAAGCUCACAGAAAGAAGCGAGACCAUCCCUGUAUUGAAUGUGGGAAGAUAUUCCACCAGUUAUCACAUCUCAUUGCCCACCAGAGAAUACAUACAGGAGAGAGACCCUAUCACUGUGCUGAGUGCGGAAAAAGAUUCUUCCAUAUAUCAGCUCUUAACAUCCACAAGAGAGUCCACUCAGGAGAGAGACCCUUUGCCUGCGCUGAGUGUGGAAAGCGAUUUAUGGAUUCAUCAACAUUUCGUAAUCAUCAGGCAAUCCACUCAGAAAAGAGACCCCAUCGCUGUAAUCAAUGUGGGAAAGGCUUCAAAGUUAUAUCAAGUCUUACUAGACACCUUAAAAUCCACAGCGAAGAGAGACCCUUCUUGUGCCACGAGUGUGGUAAAAAAUUUUGCCUACGAGAACAUCUCAUUAGACAUCAGAGGAUCCACACUGGGGAGCAGCCGUAUUCCUGUGCUGAGUGUGGAAAAAAAUUCAGUCUCCUUCAAAGUCUCAGGAGACACCAGGAAAUCCAUAGUACGGGGAGACUCCAUCGCUGUGCUGAGUGUGGGAAAAUAUUCCGUCAUCCAGAAAAUCUCUCUAGACACCAGAGAGUCCACACUGGGAAACUCCAUCGCUGCACUGACUGUGGAAAAGGCUUUGUCUAUAUACAUCAUCUCAAGAGCCACCAGAGAAUCCACACUGGAGAGAAACCCUAUUGCUGCACUGAGUGUGGGAAAAGUUUCACCCAAUUGUCAGGCCUCACCAACCACCAGAGAAUCCAUUCAGGAGAGCGACCCUAUCCCUGCACACAGUGUGGGAAGUGCUUUGCUCACUCAUCAUCUCUCACCGAACAUCUGAAAAUCCAUUCAGGAGAGCGACCAUAUUCCUGCAUUCAGUGUGGGAAGCACUUUGCUCGCUCAUCAUCUCUUACUCAGCAUCAGAGAACCCACCCAGGAGAGCGACCAUAUUCCUGCGCUCAGUGUGGGAAGUGCUUUGCUCGCUCAUCAUAUCUUACUAAACACCAGAGCACCCACUCAGAAUAGAGACUCCUGACCUUGGUGUUCGAUGGAGGGAACCUCUUCAACCUCUCACUUCACCCUAUUCUCAAAGUCUGUAAAAGAGGGAGAACUUGCUCCCACUCUGAAAUGUUCCCACCCUUCACUAAGGAGACAUGAGUUUAGGUGCUGGAUUUGUUAAAAUAAUUUGCAUGGUCCUGGAGAUGGGAGCAUUAACCCUAGAGGUACUGAAACGUUCCAUUGUGGGCAUUAUGGGCUGCAGCUAAGAGAGAGAUGACUAGAGCCAAGACUGCACUUUGGAGGUCCUGGUUUCUCCCAAGCCGUUUGUUCACUGCGGCUCCCAUCCUCGUAGGGUCCACAAAUUGAAUUAAUAAUUUUAUUUUUUCUAUUUGGAAAAAGGAAUAAUGGGUAAAGAGUCUGGCAGAGACUGAAAAGGAGCUUUCGUCUCCUGAGGUAAUGAAAGGUUGUGACAUCCCCUGUGUGCCCCUCAUAGUAGUGAAUCAAAAGGAAGGUUGGUUUGAAUUUGCUUUGAGAGAAAAUUAUGAAGCAAACUGUCCUGAUAGUUGGCUUCAUGCAUAAUGCAGCCAGGGCCCUGUCUUCACAGCUAAUUGCCAGGCAAGCAAUACCAGCUAGGACUGGAAGGUUGGAGAUUGGAUUUUCCAGAUCAACAAACAGCAUGCCGUUUGGUUAUGGACUGCCUUCUUUAUCAUCUUGAUGGUACAUGCAAAUACUUGACAUCUAUGGAUGCUGCUGUCAUGAUUAGCGUGACUACAUCACGUACCCAUCAUCUAAUUCAUUGUGCCAUCAGAAGUCAUACACCAGAAAAAAGGCAAGGGCAGGGAUGAGAGAUGUCAGUUACUUCCUGUUAUAAUGGCACUUUUUUUUUUUAAUAAUUCAAAUUUGUGUUCCUGGAUGAGUUAGUGGCACUUUAAUGCCACCUAGGGCUUGUCUACAUAGAACUUAUCACUUACCAGAACACUCAUUUACAUCGCGCAGGUAUGUGGAAUAUACCGUCCUAAGCACUGGUGUAAACUGAGCUAUGUUGAUGGGAGAGCUUCCCUGCCAACAUAGCUACCACCUCUCAUAGAGGUGGAGGUGUUAUGCUGACAGGCAAGCUCUCUCCCAUUGGGUUAGAGUGUCUUGUAUGCUAGCUUGGUGUCUUGAACACUAGCGGGAGCUGUAGCACUUCUAGUGUACAUUCGCCCUAACACUUAGGGCUUGUCUACACUGCCCGCUGGAUCGUCGGGCAGCAAUCGAUCCAGCGGGGGUUGACACCGGUACUCCACCAGAACGAGGAGCGCAAGCGCAGUUAACAGGAGAGCGUCAGCUAUAGACUUACGGCAGUGUCUUCAUUUCGAGUCGAAGUGAACAAGUGCAACAUAUGUCAAUUGAGUAAGUGUCAUCUCAUUAAUGGUGAACCAGGCAUCUUAUUCAUUACACUGGAGAUUAAGUCCAAUCACAGAAAAAUUCUAAAAUGUGACCUUCAGCUGUUUCCACCAGCAAUUUCUGUGCAUGUAAGUUGAGAGAAAACAAAAUGCAUUUGGGGUGCUAUAUUAAAGUACUGUACUGCAUCUUUUCAGAUACGUGCAUUGACUGUUCAGAGAAAGAAAUAUGCCUAGGCCAGAUAAAUCCUUUGCCUACUCCUUUCCAUGUAACUGGGAUAUAAGAUUAAUAUUAAAAGUAGUGUUCCAAAUAUUGAUUAGUUCAGUAGAGAACAUCAAAGUGAUUUGAAUAAACAUUAGCACUUAUUAAAGCAAAGAUGCUGUCAUUACAGGCACAAAACUGUUAGGAUGACAUACAACACUGGGAACCAUUUUGUACGUUUCCAAAAACUUGAUCAAACCGAUAGUUGGCAGUUCUGUGAUGGAAUUCUGGAAUUUAAAAGGAACGGAAUUGGAGAUAUUAUAGCACAGAUGAAGAGUUCUCCAAGUAACUUGAAAAGUAAUGUAUACCAAGCCACACUACUACUGUGCAACUCUCCCAGCAACAUUAAAGACUGGUUUAACUAAUUGUAGUGUGUGUGGGAAUAGGGUUGAAUUAUCCCUUUAAGUUGUUUGUGAGCCCUCUGAUGGUACUUACUGUCGUCGAUGUUUUAGAAGGUAUCUGAAAUCAGUCUGACCACAGUGUGCACUAAGCUAGGUCUUGUAUGUUUGUAUAUAAAUAAUAAACAUAUUUUUGGGGGCCAAUUGUAUCUGAUAGUUUCUUCAUAUAAUUUUUGUUGUGCACCAUGCAAAAGACGUGACACUAAUGAUAACAUUUUAGAUAUUUAUACAACUAUGAAUUAAGUUCUGAUCAAUGUAGCCAUUUUGCCUGUUCUUAAUUUGUCUAAGAAGGAAGCAGGGUUAGUCCUACAGACUUCUUAAAUUGUAACUGUUGUCCAUAUAAACUAUGUAAAAACAUUAAAUCUGGA